GUGGAUACGCGGACGACUGUGAUGAUCAAGAACAUUCCAAACAGGAUGAGCGAUAGAGAUCUACUCGCGUUCAUCAACAAUGUAUGUCCAGGGCGAAUAGACUUUUUCUACUUAAGGAUGGACUUCCAGAACGGGUGCAACGUCGGCUAUGCUUUUGUCAACUUCAUAACCGUCAAGGAUCUGUUAUUGUUUGCCAAGGCGAGGCUGGGAACCAAGUGGAACAUGUACUCGAGUGAGAAGAUUCUCCAGAUGAGCUACGCAACCUAUCAGGGCAAGGAAGCGCUCAUCGAAAAGUUCAAGAACUCUGGCAUUAUGGACAUUCGCGAAGAAUGGCGCCCAAAGAUUUUCUACUCUGAUGGGCUGUACCAGGGGAAACCAGAACCCUUCCCACCGCCCACGCACCAGAAACGCAGGGAACGGAGUGCCCACAAUCGAGGCAUCCUGUUUCCGCCAGGGGCUCCGCGAUCGUCGUAG